AUGGCGGAUUCGACGACCCAAUCCGCGACCCCUCGAACAGGCCGCCAGACUGCCCUCGCAGAGAUCCAGUUCACGUCCCUUACCGAUACCGACCUCACAUCCUCUGAAGGUGACGAGACACCGGACGAGAAGGAGUUUCAGUUGGAUUCCGUCCAAUCGGCUAUUGGGGUCAGUAUCGGAGAACAGCAGAGGUAUCUGAUCUCUCCAAAAACACCCGCUGCAGAAAAGGCGGCCGCUCUGGACGAAAUCGAUGGCGGCGCAUUCUUUGGCAGCUGGUCGCAAUCUCAGGAGGCCGUUAAUGAACAGGACGUUACGCCCCAAGCCAAUGCGGUACACGUCAAGGGCACGGCAGAGAAUGCUUCGUUAGAGGAACCCGUUCUCACAAAGCACGAUUCGCCCAUACAAAUACCCUCCCCAGAACGAACCAGGCCAAGGGUGCAAAUAGCGGAGGAGCCUGAUCAUAGAGGAAUACUGAGAGACAGUUUCAGUGGAGGCUCGCGGAGACGGGCGAUGUCUGGUGGAUCUACAAGCGAAACGCUGAAGAAGUACCUCACGUUCAACUUACCAUCCAUGUCUAAAUCGCCCUACUUCUUCAACUUCUCUCUUUCGAGUUUCUCUGGUUCGUCUAAAGAAGGCAGCCGUAGUCACUCCCCUGCAGUUUUGCAGCGCAAGCGGGUUGCUUCUCUACCUCUAAAGAACCCAUAUGGGAGCAUUCCCCAGCGCGAUGGAACCUCGUCAUCAAAAGAGGUGGAUCCAAAACAUCGAUUAAUGCACCCCGCCACAGCUCCACUACCGCAUCACCAAACCGGAUCCAAACCACCAUUAAGUACCGGCCGCUCUCAUGAAACAGUGCCACCAGUUGGCCGACCCGCACCUCAGCUUCGCAGAUCUAAUUCUGAAGGCUCCCUCGCAGUAUAUCGAAGCCUCUCGCUUGUCUCGUCUCUCGGUGACGAUUCGCGAUUCGAGAAUGUAACAAACCACGCCAAUAGUCGUCUCAGGGCAAUCAAAGACAGUUGGCAAGAUUCUACUUUUAAGCUUCCCAGCCUGCCUACGCUACCAAACUUCGGCCUUGGUUCCAAGGAAGAUGUCUCCAGAGUCAAAAGUCUUCCGCGAGAACCCAACGAUAGUCGUGCUAGUUUUAGCAAUGCUAGUAGGGCAAGUUUCUUUUCUGGUAGCUCGAACCGGGCGAAAGACUCAUCAACGAAUCUUCCGGGGACAGCCUCAGGCCCAGCAGCCACGCAUCCACUUUUCACCAAGGCGACACAGGAAUUGACAGGUGACUUGGUCAUUCUGGGUGGCUACCGAGGUUCGAUACUCCGCUCAGCCCAAGCACCUAAUCGUCAAUUGUGGGUACCCAUAAAGGUCGGGUUGAACCUUCGAAAGGUCGACCUAGAGGUCGGUCUUAACCCGGAGGACGAGGAAACUGAGGAAGAACGCAUUAUUCCUGCAGGAAUGCUCACGCACAUUGGCCCUGUGGAUAUUGCCCGGCGACUUUUCAAGAGACUUCAAGCUUCAGAAAACGCACAAAAUGGAAGUCUCAGGGUUCAUAACUAUGGCUAUGACUGGAGACUUUCCCCACAUUUACUCAGUCGUCGCAUGAUCAAGUAUCUGGAAUCGCUACCGUGCAACCAACCUGGUGUUCCUCCCGAAAAGCGUGGUGCCACCGUCAUUGCGCAUUCACUUGGAGGACUUAUCACGAGACAUGCAGUCAACCAACGCCCAGAUCUCUUUGCGGGCGUGAUAUAUGCAGGAGUACCCCAAGAUUGUAUCAACAUCCUGGGCCCACUUCGCUGUGGCGAUGCGGUGCUGCUUUCAUCGCGCGUCCUGACAGCACAAGUGAAUUUCACUAUACGAACCUCGUAUGCUUUACUACCACUGGAUGGCAAGGGGUUCAUUGAUAAGAAGACGAAGGAAGACUACAUAGUCGAUUUCUUUGACAUCAACACAUGGAAGGAGCUCCGCCUUUCGCCAUGCAUUGCACCAGCUCUACCAGCUCUCCAACAAGGCCAUAAUCUGCAACCACUGACAAGUGUUAGCGGACUGUUCAACGCCAUGUCAUCUGCCCUACCAACCAAGCGGAGAUCAAUCGCCCUAAAAGAAGCCCAAGAUGCAUUUACAAACGCCACCAACAUCGCUGCCGAAGGCACUGCGCAAGUGUCUGGCGUGACUCCUCAUAUCACGACUGCCCUCCCCUCCACUUCCAACAGCCUGGAUACGCCCACAAGUCCGACGAGCGCCGCAACUGCCGUCACCAUUCCCUACGACAAGGCCGUGGAGUACCUGACCCGAACCCUAGCUGAGGUAAAGCAGUUCAAGCUCGAACUUGCCCACCGACCGGAGCACACAGAAGCGAACCGCUACCCACCGAUCGCUCUGAUGUACGGCAAGUCGAUACCAACCGUCUAUGGCGCAAAGGUCGACGGCAUCGAAGGCGCCAAGCGGACCGACGCAUACGACGACCUCGCCUUCGCAAGCGGCGAUGGCGUCGUCCUCGCCCGCGCCUCCCAAGUCCCGAAGGGAUACUCCGUCGUCAGGGGCGGCGUCGUGAGUUCGGACCGCGGCCACAUCACGCUCCUCGGCGACCUCGAGGCCGUGGGAAGGUGUCUCAGUGCCGUCGUCGGCGCGAGACAAAAGGGAGUCGGUCUAGGACAAAAACGCGAGACUGUACCCGACGAUGGGACAUGCGGCGCAAAGGCGAACAAAGCGGCCUUUGGCUUGGGCAUGGACGCAUUGGACGAGUGUCCUACGCAACCUCCCACCGAUACGUGAAUCCCGGCGCGAAAUCUAGGACCGUUGUGUAAUUUUCGUUAGGUUAGAGCUUUCAUUCGCAUGGAGCUGUAGGGAUGAUGUUUUGUUUUGUUUGAAUGAUUGAUUGAGCGUUCACGCUUCGACGUUUUCCUUUUCGUCAUAGGGGGAUUUUCAUCUUUGUCGUUAGAAAUACCAUACAUCCAUCUGCUAGAUUCUCGUAGCACACGCGGCGGCAGAUAGUGAAAUGCAUACUUGUUGGAUCUUUGUUGC